AUGGAUCAGAGAAUGGUGAGUUUCCUGCUCCUGGAUCUACUCUCACUGACAAUAUGUUGUUGAUUUGAAGCUGCUCCAAGUUCAGUAUCUUUAAAAUGUUAGAAACUUUUAGUUUAAUUCAUCAACAAACAUUGUGUGUACUUCUACAAAACAUCAUAGGUGUUUUAUUUAAAGUGAUGAUUUUGUCUCCUGUUCUCCAAACAGGAAGUUGACUUUCUGUGACUUCAGAGUCAACCAUCAAACAACAGUCUGUAACUGAGGAGCAGCCUUAAUACCAACACUUGAUCAUAGCUGUAAAUAAACUCUUUGUAUACAAAUGUUAGACAUGGUACAAAUCAAGCACACUGUAAAGUAAAGUGAUCAGACGUCCCUGAUUUCAGGGGACAGUCUCUGUAUUGGGUGACCUGUCCUCGGCUAAACCUGUCCUGGGAAAUGUCCCGAUUUAAGCGUUUCAUGAGUGAGAACAAAAAUGUUGCAUGUAGACAAGAACAACAGUUAUUAUGGUAGCUGAGUAGGUAGGAAGCACAAGUUAGCAUGUUGCACACAGUCCUAAACAACAGUUUUCACAGGGGGUUAUUACGGGGGCGUGCGCUGCUACAUAGUAGUACUGAGAUGUUGUCUGUGAUCACUCAGCCCAUGAUAAUAAAUAAUACAUUAAGAAAGCUUUCGCUGUUACUCUUUACUCUUGAUGCACUGCGCUGUGAUCUUCGAUUAUGACUUUGUUGUCAAGUCGGGGUUGGUGAGGAUUAUCUGACUUUCCAGAGUUCCAGAUGAAUUUCCGACUCUGAGCUCAGAAAUCCUGACUUUCAAGUACAACUGGAACGUACCAUUAUACUUGGGCUCAUACAGUGUUCUUCAUUUACAUACUGUAUGAACCCAAGAAUAAAUCCCAUGAUGCAACAUUUAUCAUCUUACAUCUUGACCUCUUAAAAUAUGUUUUAUUUUUUUAAUGUGUGAAGGAAUAAGACAGUGGCUGCCUCUAGUCUGCAGACAUAGACUUUAAAACCAGGAUCAUUUCAUAAACUGUAGUUCAACCAUUGUUUCUGUCAUCGAAGUGUAAACAUGAUGCAGAGCCUGGAGACCUGAUUGAGAUUUUCCGAGUGGCGUAUCAGCACUGGGGUGUCUACAUUGGUGACGAUAAGAUUGUCCACUUUUCUCCUAAAGGUGAGUUAAGCGCAAUAUUUUGCUUUACCAUCUUAAAAUUUCUCUACGAUCUUUGUCUGUCUCUCAUAUAAGCUGACUUUUGGAGACAUGACCUUUACUUUGACUUGAUAAGCCUGUAACAUGUGAGUAAUAUAAAUGUAAAAUGAUAGUACAGACAUGGACUUGAUCAAUGUUAGUCUUGACUUUACCUGAACUUUUCUUGUCGUCUUCUUUUCUUUUCUUUUAUCGAACUUCCUUUACAUCUGUCUUUUUUUAUUAAUCACACACAAAUAGGAGAUGAUGAUAAUGGUGGUGAAAUAGCCCUGAUGGACGGCCCGGGAGAGGUGAAGUGUGAAGAUAUCUGGGAUGUGAUUGGCAGAAGUAAAUUCAAGGUCAACAACCAAUUAGAUGACGAGUACGAGAGCCACACACCUAAAACCAUUGUCGAGGAGGCUCUUGAUAUGGUUCGUAAAGAGCUCCAAUACUCUUUAACCGGCUUUAACUGUGAGCACUUUGCUACAUAUCUACGAUACGGCGUGGCUGUGUCAAGACAGGUCAGUAUUCUCUGGCUAUAUUUCAUUUGAUUAUCUUGAACAACACAGUGUUUUUGUUCUCUUUGUUGUUUUUUCUUAUUUUAGUUUACCUUCAAGACUUUUCAAGUCUUAAUCUUGUUCUUAAUCCUAUGCAGUGAUUUCGAGUACAGAGUCAUGUCUGUUUCUUCUGAGCCUCUUGAUUCAACUUACUUAUACCAGACAUUCUCACACUGAGGAUAAGAGGGAGCGAUGGUGUAAGUUAUGAAGUGAAACACAAGCAGAGUCUGUCAGUGGUCACUUCAGAUCCAUGUUGAUGAACAGUCUGAAAGCUGGAGCUAAAAACCGUCCACUGUGAUCCAAAUCACCCCGAUAGACAAACUGAUAGAGAAUGAAUGAGGCGAACUGUUUUUAUUUUUUAAACCACUGCUCUUUAAAUGAAAUGUUUCCUUCGUAGGUGGAUCAAGCUGCGCAAAACGCAGCUGACCUAGCAGCUGCUCUUUUGUCUCUGGCCAAGACAGUAAGGAACUCAGUAUUCUCCUGCUAUUUUCCUUUCAAUUAUCUUGAAAAACAGUGUUUUUGUUCUCUUUGUUGUUGUUUUUGCUUAUUUAGUUUACCUCCAAGACUUUUCCUACUGAGCUGUGCUGUUUUAAUACCUGGAGUAGGGAUGGGCGUUAAAUUAUUGUUCACGCUUAAUCAUCAGAAAAAUCCUCCAUGAUAAAUAUUUGCCAUCUCACGAUAAAUACGAUAAAUCCAAGUUGAUGACCUAAGCGUGAGCGAUUUGCAGCCGUAGUCCACACAGAUCAGAAUAACAAACAAACAUGGCCGAAGGUGGUGGAGAAGAUGUUUCUGAGCAGCUUGUUACUGAACGAGGAUCCACAUGAGGGAUUUCCUUCAAGAUUGGGGUUUAGAUGAGCGCAAUCAGGUAUGCCUGACAUCAGACAGUGGAUCUGCUGCUGUUCACUCUGUGCAAUCAGAGUUUUCAACAAAUGUUGAAAAUGUUUUCACAUUUGAGACUUGUUUGAUGUCAUUAGUUUUCUCCAUAAUCUACACCUCAAACUUGUGGUGAAGUAUCUUAUUUGACUAUUUCAACAGGUGUUCUCAAGACUAAAUGAGUCAAUAAUAUAGACUGGAAUUAUGAUAUUUUUAAUCAGGACUUUAAUCAUUAUCGGCAGAAUGGCAAAUCUUUUGGGCUAAAUUUUUUAGACCAUAUCACCCAUCCCUAAUCUGGAGAGCAGAGUCUGUCAGUGGUCACUUCAGAUCCAUGUUGAUGAACAGUCUGAAAGCUGGAGCUAAAAACCGUCCACUUUGAACCAAAUCACCCUGAUAAACAAACUGAUAGAGAAUAAAUGAAGAGAACUGUUUUUAUUUAACCACUGCUCUUUAAAUGUUCACAGGUCUUAUCUCCAAAUACAGAGUAG